ACAGGCCGCCAUGUAGGACUGUUCUGUUACGUGAACACGGAAGAUGAACUGUAGUUGCGUUUAAAGUCCAGCCGACUUUGAUUUGCGUUCCUGUGUAAAAUUAAAGAUGCGUUUCGAGCUGGCGGACACCGCAGGCUGAGCUUUUACUGUGGAGGAAAAUGGAGGCGAGGUUCGGCAGCGAAGUAGCGUCGAUCGUGGAAGUCGCCAUCCGGGCGGCGAUGUCUGUGUUCAGGGAUGUUUGGGCGAAAGAGGCGCCAAAUACGGACUGGGAUCAGGCGAAGUUCGGCGAAAUCCAGGAGAUAGAGAAGUGUCUGGUGGUUCAGAUCCACAAAGUGUUCACGGAGUUCUCCUCCGAGCUGUUCGAGGAGAACGAGGCCCUGCGGGCCAAAGUGGAGCAGCUGGAGGAUGUGCUGCAGAGGAAAGCCGGGCAGCUGGAGCAGGAGCUGGAGGCCAGAGUGGGUCAGCUGGGCAGAGACAUGGAGCAGCUGGAGAGGGAGCUGAGGAGCAUCAGUGAAGGCAGCGGCAAGGCUCAGGGAGGCCCGACCCUCAUCCUGCAGCAGGACGGCUCAUUGACAGGGGCACCGGUGCUGUUGGCCUCCACCAGCCAAGCCGCCCCAAACUCUGCUGCCCCUCAGGAUGAUGGGAAGGACUCCUCCUCCAUCCACCCUCCACCAGUUUCAGCAGAAAGUGAAGCGGUUCCCAGCUCCACAGCUGAAUCCGUGAGCGUCCCUAAACCUGCAGUGACCCCGAUGAUGUUUGUCGGCAGAGUCAGCUCCGCUCCCACGGUGCUGUUGGUGAGUUCCAGCCAAGUCGUCACACAGACCCACACGCUGUCGCCGGCUGUCUAUGAAACGACGGGAACAUCGCAGGUCAUCCUCAAACCAGCAGCUUCGCCAGGAUCGACGCCUCAAGACGUCCCCAGCCCAGACUCCAGCACCAUCAGGGGUCCUGAGGAAAAGAAUUCUGUGAAAGAGUCGACCUCAGGGAGAACGAGGAGGACGAGGAGAGCAACUUCUAAAACUGAAACAGUUUCCACCAACAAUAACACCGACGAGAAUCAAACGGAGUCAGACGAACGGCCGAAAAAAAGAGAGUCACGGAUAGUGAAGCGUUUCUUCUGUGAGCAUUGUAACGUCGGUUUUCACUGGAAAGGUGAAUUGAACAAACACAUGAAGGUCCACAAGAAGCCGUUUUCAUGUGACCAGUGUGACAAAAGUUUCCUGGAAAAGAAGUCUCUGGAAAAUCACGUUUUGCGUCACGAGGCGAGUAAAGAGCCCCUGCCCUUCCCCUGUACUCUGUGCAAACGAUCGUACAGAAAAGAGCAGUCGCUUCAGAACCACCUCAGACGGCACCAGCGGCUGAAACCGCCAAAGCCGUUUGCCUGCGAUCAGUGUGGGAAGACGUUCAGAAUUAAGCGGUCUCUGGAAAACCACCUCUUACGCCACGAGAAAUGGAAGCAGAUGUUGAAGUGCCAGCUUUGUGACAAGACCUGCAAGACUGCUGUCCAGCUGAAGUGUCACAUGGCUGUUCACUCGGAAGAAAGACCGUUCAGCUGUGAAACGUGUGGCAAGGAGUUUAAGAGUAAGGACACGCUCCGCUUCCACCAGAUGGUUCACUCGAACGCCAAAAAAUACAAAUGCACAAUGUGCGACGAGACUUUCAAAUAUGCCCACUCCCUGACGGUUCACAAGAGGAAACACACGGGCGUCACUCCGUUCGUAUGCACCGUGUGCAACAGGGCGUACAGGACCGGCACCGCGCUGAAAAGACACAGCGUCGUCCACACGGGCGAGAAACCGUUCACCUGUCACAUAUGUGGAGCGAGGUUCAGCCUGAAUAACAACCUCAAGAGGCACCUUCGCAUUCACACAGGAGAGAAGCCGUUCGCCUGUCAGGAGUGUGGGAAGAGCUUCUCAGACAACAACAAGCUGAAGUCCCACAUGCUCAUCCACGGUGCCAGAAAGCCUUUCAUGUGUGAUCUGUGCGGGAAGACCUUCCUCUUCAACUGCCGGCUGCUGAUACAUCAGAGGUACGUUCAUGCCGACAGGAACGAGGAGACGGACGGCACACAAAGAUUUUUCCAGACUCGACGGCGAAACAAGUCUCUGGUCAAACCUUUCAGCUGCAAAAUAUGUCUGAGAGGUUUCAGCGCUGCGUGCUCCCUCAAACUUCAUGAAAGAGGCCACAGCGAGCACAAGGAGUACAACUGCGGCAUAUGUGGGAAGUCGUUCCAUAACAAAUACUCUUUUGGAUAUCAUCAGAGAAGCCACUCGGGGGAGAAGCCCUUUGUUUGUGAUGUUUGCGGAAAGAGGUUUUUCCAUGCCGGCAGUCUGAAGCAGCACGAGCGGAUCCACACGGGCGAAAAACCGUACAAGUGUGACCAGUGUGGGAAGGCCUUCAGAACGGACGGAAACUUCUACAGACACCUGCGGAUCCACACGGGCGAGAAACCGUUUGAAUGUGUGUAUUGUCAGAGGAAGUUCCACCAAUCCAAUCAGCUCAAGUCCCACCUGCAGGUCCACACCGGCCAGAAGCUCUACUCGUGUCAGCAGUGCGGCCGAGGCUUCUCCGACUCGAGGCAGCUGAAGAAGCACAGCUGUGACGGGUCGUAGGCGAUGUGAUGCUGAGCUGUGCUGGCCGCUUGUGUUGACCUGAUAGAGCCAUAGAUGAAGCGGCGGUGUGUCGUAUCAAGGGAAACAAAAUGACUUAGAAAAUCACAUAAAUAUUACUCAGCUGACUCUGACAAAAGUAAGUUUCAUCUGUUGCUGAGAGCUGGUGCAGUUCAUAAUGUAAAAUAUGUAGACAUGUUGCAGUUACAGAACAUUUGCUUGUGAUAGCUUCACGGGGGCAAACGGGGGCUUAUUUGUUCAGGGUUCUGUUAAGUCACUCGUCGUUACUCCUGAUAUGUUAGAGUUAAGGGAUUAAACAAAAGCAUUUAAUUCACUGUUUGAUUGUGAAAGUAGUGGCAGCUCUACUCGGAUGCAGAGUAUUCACAGUAGAGGUUAGUGGCAUUGAUCGUGGGAUUUCUUUAGUUCUCUUUGCUUCAGGAACAGAUAAGGCUGUUUAACUUUAUAGGUCACUGAGUUACACAUGUGAAACAGUGAGGUAAGAUACCGCCAGAUUUCUGUAUUAGGAACUGAAGCGUUUUCUCAUUUAACAGUUGAGCUGAUAUAAAAGUGAAGAUGAAGUUGUUGUUGUUUUAUUUUUUAAGAUUUCUUAUUCUAUUUUGUAUUAAUUUAUGUUUUGAGUUCACAAUAAUACAACAGAAUGGCAUCGAGUUGUAAUUAUUUUCAAAGCAAAAACUGAACCUGUAAAAUGUACAGGUCUGUGCCAUAAGGCAGUGUGUAUAAUAUUUUUCGUUAAUAAUUGCAAUUAAAGAAAAUUUGCA